UCCGCCUCUGCCUCGGCAUAGCGACCCGGCCCUGGGCGAAGGGUGCCGCCCUCCCGCCCCGCGCGAGGCCAGGCGCAGCCGGGAGCCACCGCGCCCAGCGUCCGGUGCGAGUGAGCCGCGCCUGGCUCUCGGGCUCAGCCGCCCUUGAGGCCCAACCGACGCGCAAACUUUUGCUCCAGUUCCCGGCGCACCUCCGCGGCAUGUGAAGCCUACAGGCGCCCGCGCAGCAGUCAGGCUCGCCACACAGCGGGUGCAGCAGGCCGAGAUGCUCCUCCGGGACCUGGUGCUGCGCCGUGGCUGCUGCUGGCCCUCGCUGCUGCUGCACUGCGCGCUCCACCCACUCUGGGGCUUCGUGCAGGUGACGCAUGGUGAGCCCCAGAAGUCCUGCUCCAAGGUGACCGACAGCUGCCAACACAUCUGCCAGUGCCGGCCCCCGCCCCCGCUGCCUCCCAGACUCCUCUCUGCCCCAGCUCCCAACUCUACCUCCUGCCCGGCCGAGGAAAGCUGGUGGUCGGGGCUGGUGAUCGUCAUCGCCGUGUGCUGUGCCUCCCUGGUGUUCCUGACCGUGCUCCUCAUCAUCUGCUACAAAGCCAUCAAAAGGAAACCACUGAGAAAAGACGAAAAUGGCACCAGUGUGGCUGAGUACCCCAUGAGUUCCUCUCAGAGCAACAAAGGGGUGGACGUGAACAACGCAGUGGUGUGAGUCUGCAGGCCCUGGACCCACUGGCCAGAGGGACACCUUGGUGGCACUAGUGGACAUGGGAAAGCAGGUGGACACGAGCUGACACUGGGCUCGUCCAGGACUUCCUUGCCUUGCAGGCCUCCAGCCUCCCGAAGGAGAAACCAUCCUCUUCCCAGGCUUGCCCUGG